AUGGCAGGCAUGAAGGCAGCCAUUGCCACCCUUCUGACGCUUAUCACCCAAGUUCGUGCCUGGGGAGAAGUUGCUCUGCCCACAUGCAAGAUCAACGGCAAGAAAGAGUUUGCAACUGGACGUGACUGCGUAGCAAAAGUCGAACAGCUUGCAGAUGACGCGGUGAAGUUCUCAGUUGCUGUACGAGCUGAUGACACUGACACAUUGUCAGAGGUGUUGGAUGUCGCGAAGAAGUAUGGUGACACGGCUGUUGUCGCACCUCUCGCGGCAGCUGCCAAACAGGGAUGGAAGCAAUUCCAGCAUCAACUGGAAUCGCAGAUGCGAGAUGGCAGGGUUGUCGGCUGGCAAGUUGGACAUGCGGUGGGGAGUACUGUUGGCAAGCUUGCUGGUGGUGCGAGCCUCGGAUCUCUCGGAUUCGCCGUCGGCGCUCAGAUUGGUGGCUUGACUGGCCUGGCUGCUGGGCUGGUACCAUAUGCAGCUUCCGCAACCCUUUGCCCACAGUGCGCACUUACCGGGCUCUUUGCAGCUUCUGCAGUAGUCUCAACGUCACUGGGCACAGUCGCCGGUGCAUACAAAGGUACGGAGCUUGGUGUUUCAACAGGGGCAGCGCUUGGCGAAGUCGUUGGUGGCGCGGUCAUGGGCUUCAUUGGGAAGGAGCUGGGUGGGACGCUUGGAGCCGGUUCUGCCAUUGCUCAGGGCGUUCUCUUCCAACUCCCGCAAGGCUUGUCCCUUGCGAUCGAUUAUGUGCGUGAGGUGGAUGGUACCAUGAAGCUGCUUACAUAUCAUGUUGUCUUUACUCCUGACGGCAGCGAGCUGUGA